AAGUGCAUGGGUUAACAGUUGGGCGUGUGACUUUGGCGCAGGUGUGAAGCUUGUUUGCAACAUCGUCCGGACACUACGGCAGCAAGAGGACUAUCUGGACAAGAGUCUGAUUUGCGGGAGGCUGCGCUGGAAUGAUCAUUCUUUAGCGAAUAUUAUUUAACCACGGAGCGAGACGUUCGGAUGAUUUGUGAUUCAAGCGGAUCUAUUUUCGAAGUGCAGCCAUCACAGACAAAAGAUGGACCACAGACCCUGGCUGUAGAAGAUUGAAAAACAUUUGUCACUUUUAAACCCAUUUUUAAAACGAAUUAAAACCCGAUUUGGGAUUGUCAAUCCACAGGUGGAAAUUAGUUUAGUAUUGGCCACAACCUCAUCACCCGCCGCCCCAGCUCAGUUUGGGGUUGAUCCCAAAUCCCCAGGACGUCCGGGCUAAAAACUUUUUAAAAAAAAGAAAAGAAAGAUGGACGGUGACGUAACCAUGGAUACAGCUCCAACUCCCUCUUCCCUUGGCCCAUCAGAUUCUGCUCCUGAUGGACAAGAACCCAUAGCCCCUCCUGUAACCACAGCACCACCUCCACCUCCACCUCCACCUCCACCUCCUCCUCCUCCUCCACCUCCACCUCCACCUCCACCUCCUCCUCCUCCACCUCCACCUCCCCCCGGCCUCCCUCCUCCUCCGCCCCCCCUCGGCGGAGGCCAUGGCCUGUGUAGGAGCGCCCAGCGGCGUUCCCGGAUGCGCAACUUCAACUGGGUCACCAUCCCCAAGCAGAGUGUCGUCGGAAAGCGCAACAUCUGGACGGUGCAGAAGUCCACGGAGGAGUUUCAGCUGGACACCAAGCGCAUGGAGGAGCUGUUCAGCCAGGGCGGGCCGGGCCAGCAGCAGAAACAGGCCUCCUCGCGCAGCAGCGUGAGGGGACUGCCCUCCUCCGCGCAGGGAGGCGAGCCGGUGUCCAUUCUCCAGGCAAAGAAGAGCAUGAACAUCGGGAUCUUCCUGAAGCAGUUCAAGAGGCCAGUCAGAGAGAUGGUGGAGGAUAUUUCUCAAGGAAACGGAGAGUCGUUUGGAAGAGGCAAACUGAAGGACAUGUUCAAACUGCUGCCUGAAGAUGGAGAGGUGAAGCAGCUUCUCGCCUACAAAGGUGACCUCUCCCUGCUAUCGGAGGCCGACCUGUUCAUGGCCCUGCUGGUGAGGGUACCUGGAUAUGAAGAACGACUCAGAAGUUUAGUCCUCAGAGAGGAGUUCUCCCCCUUCAUGGAUGAGAUGAAGCAGUCUAUUGCCACCAUGACCACAGCUGCCAGAGAGCUGCUGGACUGUGAUGACCUUCAUUCUAUCAUACGACUGGUGCUGAAGACUGGAAACUACAUGAACGCAGGUGGCUAUGCUGGCAGCGCCAUUGGUUUCAAAAUGGCUUCUCUCCUGAAGCUGGUGGACACCAAGGCAAACAAACCUGGGAUGAAUCUCAUGCACUACGUGGUGAUGCAAGCACAUAAGAUCGACGGAGACCUGCUCAACUUCCCUGAUCAACUGCAACACAUCGGCACAGCAGCCAGGAUCCAGAAACAGGAGGUGGAGGCAGACUUCCAGAGAGAGAAGAGGAAAGUGGAGGAGGCACAGAAAAACGCCAGGAAACAGCCAGAUCUGGAAGCUCAGAUGAAGUUGUUCCUGGAGGAAGCAGAGAUGCAGCUGGCCGAGGUGGAGGCCUCCUUUCAGUCCCUCAAUGCCGUGAACCUCUUGGUGGCGGAAUACUUCUGCGAGGACCCCAACCAGUUCAAACUGGAGGAGUGCUGCACCAUCUUUGACUCCUUCUGCCAGAAGUUUAUACGGGCCAUCCAGGAGAACCGUGAACGGGAGAUAGCGGAGGAGGUAAAGAGGAGACGACGAGAGAGGGUCCACAGCAGUGUGAAGCGCCGAUCAACCGCCACCUGCUCCAUCCAGGACAAGGACAUGGAGGGUGGGGCUCUGGAGUCCAUCCUGCAGAGGUUUGUGAGCAACCGUGGGUCACAGAGGAGGGCGGGGACACCCUCACCCACCAGCAGCAAUGUGGCGAAGAUUGCCAUUAAGGAGAACAGCCUUCGGGAGGAACCAGAGGUGGCUAACGGCAGUCCAGCCAUGGAGGCGCAAAAGAACGAACGUAACUUGGCCAAGGAGCAAACCAAAAGCUGUAUUCUGGAGGAGGUGCAGCCUGCACCUUCAGAUAAGGCAGAGAAGAGGGAGAGCAUUGUGAAGGAGCAGGAGCCGUUAGUCACUAUGGAUUCCCCUCAAAACCUAAACCAAAAGUGUCUGGAAACGCCUUCUAGAAAGAACAGCUGCGUCUCUUCUACAGAGAGACAUAAGUCAGUAAAGAGUGAGGAGGAAGAGGAGGGACAGAAUGAGGAAGAGGCGCAGAAGAUGCGGGAGGUGUCCCGUAAGGUCCUGCGGUACCAGGGUAGCAGGGGUAGUAUUUCAUCUGGGGACCACUCCAUCGGGGACCACCCGCGGACACCCAAAAGCGGUUCCUCCCUCGGUUCCCCUCGAAGCCAAAAGUUCUCAAUGGACCUACCUGCCAACGGGGUUCCCCGGACCAUUCUCAGCCCCCGCUUCACUCCCAGAAUGACCUCCACCUCCCUGAGCCGCCGUCACACCCUCUCCAUCCCUCCGAAGAGCGACAGUCAGGAGGACGACUUGUGGAUGCUGCCCAAAGUCUCCGGCCAUCACCCUCACCUAGGGGCACUGGGAAAGUUGAGGUCCGCUGACAAUAUGCUCUCCAAGGUGGAGGAGAUCCACGGCAGGAAAACCUCGCCCUCACCAGCCGAUGGCUCCUCAAAGCCGAGAGGCCUCUCCGUCCGACCCUCGGACCUGGCCAACCGCACCAGCCCCACCACGCGCUCUGACACUUUCCGGAAGCAGAACUCUCCAGGGAGGCAGACCUCUGCAAAGGGGCAGGAGGAGUCACAGAAAGAGGGCAAGACACUGGAGUUGGCCCCCAGCUUUCAGUUUGGCAGCCUUUUCCAGAGACGCUCCAACUCACAGUCCGCAAAGGCGAAGGCCGAGGAACAGGCCACGCCCGAGGAGAAGGCCAAGCCCAAGAAGCAGGAGACCUCAGUCUUUUUCUCCUUGUUCAAGCUCUUCAGUGAGAAGAACAGGCCCAACAAGGAAAUGGACUCCCGGAGCACUGAGUGCUGACAGGAGCCCUGCGGCUUCAGCCCUUUAGGUUUCAUUUGUUUUCUGGAGUAACGGAUAAAUAAAAGAUCAUCUCUCUCUGUAUGACCUGCAGUAUUUCAGGAAGCCAAGGAAAAUUUGGCUCCUUGGCACCAUGAAGGAAUCACAAUUAUGUUGUGUUGAGACAAACUUCAUUAACCAUUUCACAGUAGGAAUUAGAGUGCAAGUUAAACAGGUUCCACUCCCAGGAGUAAAUGUUUUUAUAUUUAAAAUAAAAUGUGCUAUUUUACCAGUCCGUUCUUAUUUUUAUUAAGUUAUUUUUGAACAGGGUGUUGACUUAAAUUCAAAAUGUAUAUUUUUUUUUAUGAUGUGGGGGACAGAAUGAGGCGUAAUUAAAGCUCAAGUUGAGAUGUUCCAGAUACUGUCAGUGUCAUAAAAAGAUCCUAAUGCCAGAGUAGAUGAGACCGCACUGGAUACAGAAUGCAGAGCUAGGAGACGCAUCUCUCUGGAAUGCACUUAUAAAUUCUCUAUUAUCUUCUGGCUGAGUUUGCUUCUUGCAGAACCAGAGAACUGGGAAAUCCCCACCUUAAAGCCCACAACUUGCACAGGACAUUUAAUUAGUUAAUGUGGUUUGACAUGUAUGCAAUUAUUUUGACACUAAAUCUGUGAAUCUACUCACUUCAUGUUUUGCAUUUUUCGAGUGUGUGAUGUCACUCACUAGCAAUAAAUAAAUAAAAAAACAACUGCAUUCUGUGACAAAUAUGCUGCUGGUUUUGUU